AUGCCCCGGACAGCGUCCACAAUAACAAACGCUUGCAUUGAGCAAACUGCUGUCGUCAACAAGUCCACAUUGAGCAAGAAGGACGAGGCAAAGGUAGUGCGAUUGCAGAGGCAGAUUGAGGGCGAUGAAGAGUCCUCAUACCCUCAAGAAUACGAGUUUGGGCACAAGAACAACACCGACCAGAACAUCGCUGUAGUCUACCUCGCGGGCACGAAGGAGGUACGCUCCGUAGGUUCAGCUGCGUCGGACGUAGUGACCGCCUACGAAAACCUAUUGGACAAAAUCGAAGCAGAGAAGUCAUCCAAACAGUAA